AUGUCACGAUCCAAGAUUUUGGUAUCCGUUCCGGCACAGGAUGUUUCGGAUGUGGGACAAAGAAACUCUGCUCAAUUAGAUGCGUCGUUUCGAGGGCGGUUGCAGUUCAAUGACUGCGAGAUGGAUUUUGUGACGGUGCUCGGUGGUGGUAGGUCGCCUAUAUAUGCUGCCUUGCGGUCGUCCAAUGUAUCUGGAUCUGAGUCGGGUAAAUGCUACGUGUACAUCAAUACAACGAGGUUUAAGACGAGCAUGUUGAGUUUGAAGCCGCGUGGAGACUGGGUGAGACCAGUUUCUUGGAAGAAGAUUUUGAGGGCGGUCGGUGUUGGUGAUUGGAGAUGGGCAAAGGUCAAGCACCAGUGGCUGUGUCGUGAACAUGCUUAUGAUGGCCAAUAUUUGCUCAGGACUACAAUCGCCCUGGACGCGUAUAACAUCACAAGCUAUGCUAGCGUUGCCUUGGUUUGCACGUUACUUUAUGCCAAGUCCACCAUCGAUAAGCUCGACUUUGAGCCAGAUCCUCAUCUUACGAACCAGCAACACUCGAAGGGGCACUCGAAGGUUCUGCGCAGUCGUUUCGGGCACAGUCCAUUCUCUUGUGCAUCCGCGCGUGCGCGCGUAGAUGUGCAGAGCUCGACCUUAGUGGGGAGAUCUGUGCGGGUUUCGAUCUCGCUCCGGAUCUGA